GGCGGGCGUACACCUCUUUUUCGGAGGCCGGGAUCUUCGUGUGCGGCCCUGGGGACCGAGCGGCACAGCCCCUGGCCACCUCACGCACCCCUUUUCUUGUCUUGCCCUCUUGUGCUCCUCUUCCGCCCUCCUCCCUUCUCCGGCCCCCCCCCCCCUCGGCCACUCCGUCUUCCGGUUCUCUCAAGAUGGCAUCGACUUUCCUGUCGAGGAUUUUCUCGGAUGUUCUCCUCGAGAACACUGGGAGCACGGCGAGAGAUCACCUUGCAAAUGAACGGACCUUUCUCGCGUGGCUACGCACGGCUUUGUCACUGACGGCUGUCGGCGUGGCGCUGGAUUCCUUGGCAUCUGGGGCCUUCCUCCCGCCGACUGGCGAUCCGCCGGGUGCCACGCCGCCACGGACCUCCCCGGCCAAGUAUGUGGGCUACAUUUUCGUCGGCUUCGGGAUAGUCAUGCUUUGCCUGGCGACCUUCCGGUAUUUCCGCGUCCAGUCCCUCCUUGUUCGAUCCAAAUUCGAGGCUAGUCGGCUGGCCAUUGGCUUGGUGGCUGCUUCGUCGAUUGCCGCCAUGCUGGCAGCGGUUUUUGCCGCCUCCUCCAUGUAGCAUCCUCCUCCGCAUACACACUCUCAACUACUUUCUCCCCCCCUCCCCCCUACCCCCAC